CAACACUCGGUCUAGAUAUACUAUGUCUAUGAGAUAUACUAUGUCUAUGGAUUGAACACUGAACAAUGAACACGUGUUAAAAGUUCUAUCAUGGAUAAUACAAAUAAAAUACAACAUUUAAUUGUUGACACAAGUGCCUUUAUAAGGAAUGCUGCUUUGCAGGACAUUGGAGUCAACAUUUUAACGGAACAAGCUGUCGUCGAUGAAAUCACGAGCAAGAGGCAGUUAAGAAGACUGGUUGUACUACCAUAUGACUUGAAAGUUCAAGAGGCUUUCACUGAAAACAUAAAAUUUGUGACUGAAUUUUCUAAAAAAAGUGGCGAUUAUACCAGCUUGUCUGCUACAGACAUCAAAGUCAUUGCACUCACUUAUCAAUUGGAAAAAGAAAAAGUCGGGACAGCACAUUUGAAAGAUACCCCAACAAUAAGGACUAUUGCAUCUACUGAAGAUAAACAAAACGGAGAUGAUCUUAAAUUACCAAUUGGUUUUUACAUACCGAAGAAAACAGAAAGGACAGAAUUAGAUGCAGAUAAUAAUACAGAGGUUUCAAAUAAUGUGGAAAAAACAGAUAUAAAAGAAAACAUCGGACACAUACAGAUUACAAAAGAAUCAGCAGUAAAUGACACAAUAAAUGAUAUAGAAAAGCAAGAGCAACCAUCUGAUGCAUCGUCGACUGAACUUGAAUCAGAUUAUGAAACUGCGACAUCAGAUAUUGAAGACAAUAAAACAGAAGACUUAACUGAAAAAUUUGCUAAAUUGAAAUGCAACCCAACAGAUUUUGAAGUAGAAGGUAAGAAUGAGAGUAAGCAUGAUGUCAAUGAUAUUCUUGCUCCAGUUAAUACAGCAAUAUCUGAAGAUGAAGAAAGUGACAUAGAAUCAAUCGAGGAUGAAGAUGACGAUGACAAUGGUUGGAUUACACCAGCAAACAUUGCCGAUGUAAAAAAGCAAAUGAAUUCGGAGAUUCUCGAAGAAAAGACUGCUACUGUCGCAUGCUUAACAAUGGAUUUUGCAAUGCAAAAUGUACUCAUGCAAAUGGGAUUGAAUGUAGUUGCAUUAGAUGGCAGAGUGAUCAAACAGAUGCGAACGUUUAUAUUUAGAUGUUGUGCCUGUUUUAAGACCACUAGUAUCAUGACAAAGAUUUUCUGUCCACAUUGUGGUAAUAAGACACUGAAAAAAGUAGAAGUCACGUUAGAUGAGAACGGAAAACAACAAGUCCAUAUAAAUUUUCGGAGACCUCUCUCAGCCAAAGGAAAGAGGUUCCCAUUACCAAUGCCAAAAGGUGGGAAACAUGCAAACAAUCCCAUUUUGUGCGAGGAUCAACCAAUGCCACAGCAAUAUCCGUCACGUUUGGCGCGCAUGAAAAACAAUCCCCUCGAUGAUGAUUAUAUAGCUGGAUAUUCUCCAUUCGUUAUGCGUGAUAUAAAUUCAAAGUCAGCUAUGUUAGGCAUAAGACCAGACGGUGUUAUCAAGUACUGGAUGAAAAAAAAUCCUAAUGAAUCCAAAAAGAGACGAAAAUAAAAACGAUUGAUUAUUAAAUC